GUGCGGUGUUUGCAGUGGAUCAGAGCGGCUCCAAUCACACCGCCGCUCGUGGCUCACUUCCCCCGGCUGACGUCAGCUGACUGCCUCGGCUCCGCGCGCUGCGCUCCCCGCUCCUCCGGACACGGCAAGCCGGGGACUAAAAAAAUAAAAAAAUAAUAAUUAAAAAAAAAUGCUGCUCUCCGUGCCCACAAGGACAGGAUUCAACCCCUACAACGGAUACACCGGCAAACCCAGCAAAAAGACAUAUGUGUCCCCAUCCAACCAUCAGAUGGCUCCUCCAAGCCCCAACAGCACCAACAACAGCAGCGCCACCACCAUCAGCAACGGCAGCAGCAGCGGCGGCGGCGGAGGCGAGCAGCUGAGCAAAACCAACCUUUACAUCCGUGGCCUCCACCCUGGAACCACAGACCAGGAUCUGGUUAAACUCUGUCAGCCGUACGGAAAGAUCGUAUCCACCAAAGCUAUCUUGGACAAAACGACCAAUAAAUGCAAAGGCUACGGCUUUGUUGACUUUGACAGUCCGGCCUCGGCUCAGAAGGCGGUGACGGCGCUGAAGGCGGGUGGCGUGCAGGCUCAGAUGGCCAAGCAACAGGAGCAGGACCCCACCAACCUGUACAUCUCCAACCUGCCGCUGUCCAUGGACGAGCAGGAGCUGGAGAACAUGCUGAAGCCCUUCAGCCAGGCCAUUUCCACGCGCAUCCUCCGAGACGCCAACGGAACCAGCCGGGGGGUCGGCUUCGCCAGGAUGGAGUCGACAGAGAAAUGUGAGGCCAUCAUCCAACAUUUCAAUGGAAAAUACAUCAAGACGCCACCUGGAGUUCCUGUGCCGUCAGAGCCUCUGCUGUGUAAAUUUGCUGACGGAGGCCAGAAGAAGCGUCAGAGCCAAGGAAAAUAUCUGCAGAACGGCCGACCCUGGGCCAGGGAUGGAGACACUGGGGGAAUGACUCUGACCUAUGACCCCACCACGGCCUUACAGAACGGGUUCUACUCCUCUCCCUACAGCAUCACACCCAGUCGAAUGAUGGGGCCGACCUCCCUCUCCCCGUACAUGCAUUCCCCCAUGUCCACCUAUCAGGUACACAACCCGUCCUGGAUACAUCACCAGUCAUACAUAAUGCCGCCUACAGGAGCCGUCCUGACGCCGGGAAUGGACCACACCAUGUCCAUCCAGCCCACCUCCAUGAUGGGGCCCCUGACGCAGCAGCUCAGCCACCUCUCCAUGGGCAGCAGUGGCACAUACAUGCCUGCAAACACAUCUAUGCAGGGGACCUACAUACCCCAGUACACCCAAGUGCCUGCCACCAACAUCUCAGUCGAGGAAAGUGCCGUCCAACAACCUGUUGCCAUCGAGACGCCCACAGAUCACACAACCUACUCCUACCAGCAUAACAAGUGAACAGGUCUUCCUCUGGAGCCGGCGCGUCUCUCAGCGGUUCCCACGGUGCUGGAAGUCGCCACAGAGACUCUGCACCUCGGAGGGCCAUGGGACUGUUCCACACUAAAAGGACAACAAAAAAACAAACAAACACACAAAAAGAUAUUUUCUAUGAUGAACUCAUGUUUUAAAACCGACUCUUUUGCUCCGAUCAAGCAGACGUGGCGGAUGGCGGGCAGAGCGAGACGCAGGAGUUGAGCGAGGAGCUUCUAUUUUGAUAGCAGUCCAGAGAAAAGGUCACACAAACACUACAUGUUUUAUGGAAUGCUUUUGAUUUCCCAGCACUCUUCCAGGGAGCUCGAUUGAAACCAGGAAACGAACAUUUCAACACUUUGUUUUUCGUUUUUUUCAUGUUUCUUUGUAAGAUUAGGCUCUUUUUUUCCAUCUGAACCUGCCUUUUUGUACAUAACUCUUUGUUUUGGUGUGUUUCUAGCUUCACGUGUUCUAGUUUGAAAAAAAAAAAAAGCUCACGACUCGUGUUGUGGACGGAUCCGGUGCUGACGUGGAGCAGCAGCUUCAUCAGUGUGAAACCUUGUUUUUUGUUUUGUUUUUUCCUGAAGUGCUCUCACUUCUCUUUGGCACUUGAAAUAAUUUAUAGUUCCAACAAUCUCGACAAAAAACAAAAAAAAAAAUAGCUUCAGACAAUCAGGAGAUCACACAGAAGAGACGGUCAUUGAUGGCAGAUUUCAGAGCUCCGGAUCAGAGAUAAAUGGAUUUAAAGCAUUCCAGUUUAUUGUUAGCAGAAGGUUGUAAAAUGUGGUUUCACUUUGAGCUGCUCCACACAUCCAAAUCCAAAGUUGUUGAACAGGGAUCACAUGUUGUCGGGAGCUGCCUGUAAAUCACAUUUAAAUUUAUUCAGGCUUCCUUUUGACUUCCUUCUCCUUCUUUUUUUUUAAAUAACCAGUGAAGAAAUGCUUCAUUUAUUUCAAUAACAUGAUACCAAAUGGUCUGAACAUGGCGACAGAUGUGUUGCCUGUUUUUUUUUUUCUAAUAUCCCUUCUCUUUAAAAGGGAACACUAAUUCUCUACUCAAUCCCCAAAAAAAAGUAUUUUCUGAAGAAGAUGUUGAAGAUUGGAGCGUCGUAGAUCAACUGCUGUCUUCAGAAAACACUAUUUUGGUGGAUUAUUAAGCCACAGCUGCAUGUUUGCAUCUAUUUCUGCGUUCACAUCCGUGGUUUUUUUUUUUUUUUUUUACAUUUGUUAUUUAAAAGUUUUCCUGUUUUUUUUUUUUUUAUUGUUUUAAUACUUUUAAGAUUGAUCCUAUUUUUCAAAGAAGCUUUGAUUUUAUUUUUGAUAGCGUGUUGUGUGUUUCAGAUAGUGAGAAUUUUCAGCUUUCUUUCAGAUUGUUUGUGUUGGGAAAAAAAAAAACUACCUUGUUCUGGUUUCAGUGUCGACGUCAAAGAGGCUUUAAGAUUUUUCUCAAAAGAUAUUUCAGUUCCGUCUGUGUCUCACACACACACACACACACACACACACACACACACACACACACACACACACACACACACACACACACACACACUGGCACUUUAUUAACUCCUGGUCAGUGAAACAUUUACAGGUGCAUCUCAAGAGUGCAGUGAAGUGUAAUGUAGUGGUGGGCGCACGGUUCGAAUCCCGGCGGGAGGAAUUUCUGUGUGGAGUUUGCAUGUUCUCUCUUAAGUUACCCCCGAGGUGGGAAUGAGUGUUUACUGGAAUCUACUCCAGCAAUUUAUAGUGACCAAUGAUCUUCAAAUGCUUGUUUUUAGACUGAGAGGAAAUCUGAGUGACCGUAAGAAAGGAAGAACAUGCAGUUUCUACACAAGAGUCCCACCCUCUGGCAUCACUGUGCAGCCCGCUGAUGAAUCACGAUAAAACAAAACAUUGAGCUUCUCUUCUUCUGAGGCGCACCUGUCCUUUCUGGGUUCACAUAUUUUGUUACAGAAGUCAAACCUCAACUUACCUCAUCCUGCUUCAGCGGUGUAGAUUCAGUUUGCGUCCAGUAAGGCGCCUCCAGUCGCUCUGUGGCCGUUCACAGCUGGUACUGUGUCCACUUUCUUCUGACUCGUCCGUCCAGCGCUCGGAAUUCACGCCCCAGGCUCUGAUGUUCUAUGCAAUUAAUUUAUUAUCCUUAUAAAUGCAAUACUGCAAAGAAUCCAAGAGACACCUCAUACAAUGACAAUGGAUCACCUCACUAUGUUGACUCUACAGUUCUGGCUCACCUGACUCUCACUUUUCGCCCUUUCUUUUUGUUUUCUGUUCUUGUUGGUUGAACUGCUGCGUUAAAAGGGAACCGUUUCAAAAACCAAAAUGUGGUUGUUAAUGUUAUUGUAGGAAAUGUACCGAGAGAGAGAGAGAGAGAGAGAAAAAUACUGGUCUUAGUUUUUAUGUGGAGAGAACUUUCAUUUUUACACCUUCAGCUUUUCUGGUUUCGUUUUGUUGUUGUGAUACACCGUUCCAUCCACUGCUGUCUGUUCUCUGUGUAAAGAGUGUGUGUCUGUAAUGAGAUUUGUUCGUGUGUGUACUGAGGACUUGUAAGUGUGGGUUUUUUUCCCCUCUUUUUAGACUGGCAGGCAGACUCACUCCUGCCUUCAGGCCUGCACUGUGUCUUCUAAGCUAGUCAGCUUUAAUAACGCUGAAGUAGCACUGCAGCAGUGCACGCUGACGGGAAGUGUCGGACCUCGCUGGGCAAAAAAUUAACCUGCGAGUCCAGUGUGAGGUCGAUUAAAGCAGGGAAAAACAGGUUCUUACAGGUCCUUGCACACACACACACACACACACACACGCACACACACACACAUGAUCUUACAGAUGCGAGUAUGAACAGAUCUAAAUAUGAUAAAGUGGGAUAGACAGCUGUACUGUCUCAGUGCUGAGUACUAAAAGCAGUUUUCCUCUUGUAAACUCGACUCAAGCUUCACAGAAAUGCCUUAGAUGUCUCUGGAAGGGAUUGUGAAGUGCUCCUCAGUAGAACCUGACCUCUGACCGGAGUCGCUCCGUC